AGUACAUGUAAGUAGAUUCCGAUAACCCCACCAGCACUAAUUAAUAAUGGCUGCUGCUUCCACCUCUAAUAAUAUUAUUUCCACAUUUUUUCUCUUGUGUAUCGUCUAUGCUUUCCUUUGGACUUCACUCUGUUUCCAUCCCGCCAUUCAACAUCACCCUUCUUUCCCUCCAUUUAUAGGAAUAGACGAGCAAAAUCCAGUUAUAUAUUUGACUCCAACACAGAUUUACCAAGGAUCCAAAGAUGUUCUUUCUUGUGGACGUGUUCUUGUAUCUGGUGUAUCUCGAUUAAAGCUGCAACAUUAUGCUAACGUGUAUAAUGGGUUCCUUUUUACUAUGCCAGUUCUGUAGUUAUAGCAGUUUUAGCUGUUGUUCUCGUGCUUCUCUAUCAGAUUGGAGCAUGAUCUUUUGUAUUACGCAACCUCUCUGAAUGUCUGGAUUUCGUUCUCUUAAACAUGGGGAUAAGUCCAGAAGUUCGCAACUUGGUUUAUCAUUUUGUUGUGCUUGGAAUCAUCCUCUUGGGAGCUGCUCUUGGAUAUUGGCUGGUUCGAAGAUAUGCUAUUUCAGAAGAUGAUGAAGUUAAUGUUGGUGUAGCACAAUUUGUCAAAUGGUCCAUGCUUGUUGUAGCAGUCACAUGCAUUUUCCUGAGUACCAAGGACAACCUUCUGGCAAUGGUGGCAGUGGGGUCUUGUUUGGCAAUAUAUUAUGUGAUCUCUUACAUGAAAUGGCGCCACCAUCAGGAUCUAUCAUAUAUUGGAAUGCAUAAUCUUCGGGCUAGGAGUAAACAGACAAGCCCAAAGCAGGGACAUGCUGAAUUCCUUAGCAAGUCAAAAAUGAAUAGCCCUUUGAGAAGUCCUUAUAGUCGACUGGUAAAUUCUUUCAGAUGGUUCAACUCCCCUGUUAAAGGUACAUAUCCUUACGUUCUGUAAUAUAGGUGCAUGCUAUACAAAAAGUAGUACAUUUGAACACACUCUUUAAUUGAGAUGGCACUAUCGACCUAUAUGGCGGUAUACUUGUAGAUGACUCAUGACUUGCUUCAAGAGUUCAAGGUAUGUUUUGUCACUACUGGUCAAAUGUGCAAAUUCAAAGUAAACGGCUCAAAUGGAUCGACAGUUGCCCAAAGUGUUUUCUUGAUGCGUAAAACCUCCUAUAUAAUCUUGUUGAUAAAUUUUUAUCACGAAAUUAUAUAUCUUUUGUAAUCAUAUGACAUGCCACCAUACUUGGAAAAAGGUUAGACUCAAGUGUUACAGGUCAGUCCGACUUGCACCGAAGUUAGCACAUGUUUUGGCCCGUUACCCAACAUCUCCAACCAAUUCAUUUUGCUAUCUCUACUUAGUCAUUUUUUCUUAUGUUAGUAUUUGAAGGCAUGUUCUCCCCAUCAACCAAUACAGGGUCAGUUGGAAGGCGAUGCGAUGUUUACUCUACAUUUCACAAGACUCCAAACAGGAAGAAGUUUUCAGAGGAAGAAUGGGAGGAAUUCACCGAAGAGUCAACCAGACAAGCAGUUACUGAACUGGCAUCUUCUUCUGAAUUCUCUGAUUGGCUCAUCAAUAAUGCCAAUAGAAUCAAACUCGUUCCAGAAGGUAGUUCAGAUGACGAUCUAGAUGGAAGUAGUUCAGAUUCUACAGAGAGUACAUUGAACAAAGAAAUAACAGGCUAGGGUUUCUCAACUGGUAGACAUACAAGUGAAGUAAAUGCGUAAACUAGGAGUUAACUAUGUCGAUGACAUUAGAAUACAAAUAUCACAGAGUUAAUGGUUUUUCUUGCCCCAAUUCACUAGCAAAAAUAUGAUCAAUAUCAUUAGUGACCGAUUUUAAUAGUAUAUUUGUAUAGUUUCUAGUCAAUUUUGUAGGCCUUGUUCUAAGCUAUCAUGUUUUUGUUUCUUUCAUGGACUACCUUUCAUGCAAAUAUAUUUUGUGUAAAAUGGUAAAAAGAUAGAUUACCAUUUUAUUUUACAGUGGAUUGAUAACUUGAUACUGAAUUUGAUUA